UGCGAGGCAAAGAUAUUACAGACGUGUCCUAGAGCUUGCGCAUCCGAAUUCCGAGUCGACUCAGAAAUGGCAACUGGAACAGCACCGCCAAGAGGAAGUGCAGCGGCCGCUGCAAACAUGCGGAGGAGGAGAACGACGAGCGGUGCUGGUGCCUCGGGAGGAGCUGCUGGCACAAUGCUUCAGUUUUACACAGAUGAUGCUCCGGGACUCAAGAUCUCCCCAAAUGUGGUGCUUGUCAUGAGCAUUGGUUUCAUUGCUUUCGUUGCCAUUCUCCAUGUCAUGGGCAAGUUGUAUUUUGUUCGCAAGGAGUAGAGGGACCUUCACUGCCUGCCUGUAUUAACAGUACCAAACCAAGUUAAACGUUGUGUUUCCCCCCCCCCCCCAUUUUGAUUCAUAAAUGGAUUUUCAUUUGAUUUCUCCAA